GUGAUCGAUAUCUCUCGAUCUACAGCGAGCCAUGGCGCCUGUCAUAUCGCCCUUCCUUGAUCCGGGAACACAUUCUGCAGCGCACAGUCUUGGGAUAGUACAAUUGCGCCGCGACCACCUCAUACCAGCUGUUCUUGCGCCGAACGGCGAUUCAGACUAUGCAGAAGGAAAGGUCGAGAACACACGCUUUGGCUCGUUCCCCCACAGCACACUUGUCGACCAGCCAUGGGGUACACAGGUGCUAGCAUCAGUCGUCGACACAGGCUCGAGAGGGAAAUCGAAGAAGCGCAAGAGAGACGGGAAGGAUGAGGGCGCAGAAACACCCACAACAGAUGCUACAGAGACGAAGAAGGAUAUCGUUAAAGCAGCAACAGCCAGCAGCGGUUUCGCGCAUCUGAUACCGCCAACACCAGAGACAUGGACCCUCUCCCUCCCUCACCGAACCCAAGUAGUCUACACCCCAGACUACAGCUACAUCCUCCAGCGCCUCCGCGUACGACCGGGCGACCACCUCAUCGAGGCCGGCGCAGGCAGCGGCUCCUUCACGCACGCCGCCGUGCGCUGCGUCUACAAUGGCGCACCGGGCAUGGAAGACACAUCCUACGCAGCCGCCGACAUGGAAGAAGAGCUCAACGCAAUCGGCACCGUACCCAAGAAGCGCAAGCACAAGACCCGCUACGGCGGCGUAUACAGUUUCGAAUACCACGAGCCACGCGCAAAGCAACUGCAGCACGAAAUUGUCGAACACGGUCUCGAUCCCGUAGUCACAGUGACGCAUCGGGACGUCUAUGGCGACGGCUUUAAUUUGAAUGACAACACCAGCCCAGAGGCCGACGCGGUGUUCCUCGAUCUCCCAGCGCCAUGGCAAGCGCUCAAACAUCUCACGCGCACACCGCCCUCCGCUGCGACUGUGCAGGCAGUAUCUUCCGACCCGUCAACGCCCGCCGAAUCCUCCCAACAAGCGAUGGGGAAACCGUUUGUCUCGCCUCUCAACCCUCGCAAAGCGAUCCGCAUAUGCACGUUCAGUCCCUGCAUCGAACAAGUCACCAAGACCGUCGCAGCGCUGCGCACGCUCGGAUGGCUGGAGAUAGACAUGGUCGAGAUCCAGGCCAAGCGGCUCGAAGUGCGCCGGGAGCGAGUUGGACUCGCAGAAGAAGGACUGCGCGGCGGAAACGCAAGUGCAGCGACGGUGCAAGAAGCAGUGCAGAGACUAAGAGACGUAGAGGGGCGGGCAGCGGCGUUUCACAGCCAGCAGAAGGAGAAGCAGGAGGAUAUCAUGCGGCGGGCAGAGGCGCGGAAGAAGGGGAGGAAGGGUGAAAAUGGGGAUGGAGAGGGAAGUGUGAAGAAGGAGAAGAAAACUCCGAUCGGCAAAGAAGGGUUGCCGCCGAGUAAACAUGAUCGACUGGACAAGGCGAAGAAGGAUCUUGAGACUAGGGCGCUGUAUAAGGAGGGAAGACUGAUACAUCGUACGGAGCCGGAGUUGAAGACGCAUACUUCGUACCUUGUCUUUGCGGUGCUGCCAAGGCAGUGGACGGCUGAGGACGAGGAGAAGGCGAGGAAGAAGUAUGUGUAG